ACGGCCAGCUUGCUCCUCGAGGUAUAAGGCUAUAAAAGUCAUCGAAGGAGGUCAGUCUAGGAUUGAAACCGCAAUGGCCUCUGUGCUGCGUCUGGUAAUAGCUUGCAUAGCGCUCGUCACGGCAGUUCACGGGACUGUUGUGAAGCGAGAGGUGCUGACCCCAAGCCCCUCUUCACCUUUGACCCGAAAUGUGACCCUGGAUGACCGAAAUAACUGCCAGCCCGGUGACCCCCAGCCUCCCAACCGCGUGGACACGACGGAGAGAGUGGCACGUCUCAGACAAGAAAUGGCGAACAACGGACUGAGUGCCUUCAUCGUGCCAACCGACGACGACCAUCAGAGCGAAUACGUAGGGGUAUCGGAUAAGCGCAGAAAAUACAUAUCCGGAUUCUCAGGGAGCGCCGGAACAGCUGUAGUGUUAAUGGAGGAACAAGCUCUUUGGACGGACGGAAGGUACUUUCUUCAGGCGGACGACCAGCUCGAUUGUAACUGGCUGUUGAUGAAAGCCUACAUGUCGGGGACUCCAACCAUCCUGCAGUGGCUGAAGGACUCGCUGCCUGCAGGAGCGAGAGUCGGCGCCGACCCUACCUUGACCACAUCUCGGAAAUCUUGGGAGGAGAAAGUGCUGGAGGUUCGAGACGAGAUGAGAAACACAGGAACCGACGUGCUGGUUGCCUCCGCCCUGGACGAGGUGGCGUGGCUUCUCAAUCUCAGAGGGAGCGAUAUUCCCUUUAAUCCAGUGUUCCGCAGUUACGCUUUGAUCACGAUGAACUCCGUUGAACUGUUCACGCCAGCUGAGAAAGUGAGUGCAGAGGUAGAAGAACAUCUCCAUGUGAACCAGUGCGAGACGAUGAUUUGUGUGACAAUCCAAAACUAUGACGAUAUUUUCCCCCGCCUGAGUUCCUUCGAGGACGACCCUCUCGUGUCUAAAAUUAUGAUUAGUUCGAGCUAUUCCUCCACUUCGGGAGCUUCUUACGCUAUCUACAACGCGGUCCCGGCCAGCAAGCGCCACCAGGCAGUGUCUCCGAUUCUGUUCAUGAAGGGCAGAAAGAACGAAGUCGAGAACCAAGGCAUGACGAACGCCCACCUGAAGGACGCCGUGGCUCUGUGCGAUUUCCUGGCGUUGCUGGAGAAUGAGGUCAUCGCAGGCACCUACUGGGACGAGCUCUCGGCCGCCGCGAAAUCCGAGGAAUUCCGCUCUCAACAGCAGGAUUACCUUAGCCUAUCCUUCGAAACGAUCUCGGCGUCGGGACCGAACGCGGCCGUCAUCCACUACUCGCCCAGUCCGGAGACCAAUAGACAGAUUGAUGACCAGUCGACUUAUCUACUCGACUCUGGUGCUCAGUAUAAGGAUGGCACCACUGACAUCACCAGGACCCUUCACUUCGGCGUCCCCACAAGCUUCCAGAUCGAGGCUUACACGCGGGUGCUGAGGGGCGCCAUGGACUUCGCAUCGAUGGUGUUCCCCGUCGGCUUCUCGCUCGGAGACAUCGAUAUUCUGGCGAGGAGGCCUCUGUAUGAAGCUGGUAUGGAUUAUCGACACGGAACCAGCCACGGCAUCGGAAUGUGUCUGUUUGUGCAUGAAUCUGCCAGUAAUGAUUAUGAGAUCGGCUUCUUCGGUUCUGAUGAACCCGGAUAUUACGAAGACGGUGAAUUCGGCAUUCGCUUAGAGACCACACUCAAGGUCGUUCACAAAGAGACUCCGCAUGACUUCGUGAGUCCAAUGUUGGGAUUCGAACCUGUUGCUUUGGUUCCGUUUGAACCCAAGCUUAUCAACACCACUCUCCUUAGCCGACAGCAGUGUGAUGCACUGAACGCCUACCAUGCUACAGUGAGAGAAGUAGUUGGAAAUGAGCUCAAGGAUCAGGAACGUUUCGAAGGCUACGAUUGGGUUGUAAGGAAGACUGAACCCUUGUUAUGCUGAAUCCGGACAAACGUUCAUGUAAACGUUUUCUUGCUGAUCCCUUUAAGGCAUUCACUUAUGAUUUUUCUGUGGAUGAGGAUGUAUUCAAAUAAAGUGUAGAUAUUAUAAA